AUGACAGUGCCCAGUCCAGAGGAGAACUUUGAGGCUACCUAUGCCGUUGACAUGCAUUGUGACAGCUGUGUCAAAGACAUCGAAUCUUGUCUCUCGUCAAUUCCAAAUCUCAAACUUGACUUUCACGUUCCAGAGAAACUGGUUGCAGUGUCUGGUGCUGUCGCACCAUCUGUUAUAAUUUCCAGACUGCAGGAGUGUGGAAGGGACGCCAUCAUCAGAGGAACUGGAAAAGCUGAUAGCGCUGCGGUGUCAAUUCUGGAGACAUUCGGGCCUAUAGAUGCAAACGACACCCCAGUUAGAGGAUUGGCUCGUAUAGUCAGUAUAGGGUCAACCAAGACAUGGUUUGACAUUACGUUGAACGGACUUCACCAGCCGGGAAACUACUACGCGUCCAUCAGGAAGAGCGGGGAUAUCUCGAACGGCGCCAAAUCUGCUGGGGCCAGCUUUUACGAGUUUCCUGUGCCCAUAAAAUGCAACUCAAAGAGCGACUUGGGGGACAACUUAUACAGCGGACAGGCCUUUUUGAGCACGCCAUUUCAAAUCUGGGAGCUAGUAGGACGCAGCUUUAUGGUCACCACCGACUCGAACCAUGAACCUGGAACAAGCACUGAAAUCUGUGGUGUCAUUGCCCGCAGCGCAGGUGUGUGGCAGAACGACAAGCAAGUUUGUGCCUGCAGUGGGAAGACCGUGUGGCAAGAGCGGCAAGACGCCCUGAAGCGUAAUAUUACCAAGUGA